CUCUCUCUCUCUCUAUAUCUGUGUGUCUCUCCGUGCUCCAGAGGAGGAGCUUUUCAACUUGAACUUCUACACCAUUUGCCUCCGUUCGUCUUUUGUCUCUGAGAUCCAGAACAGAACUAUCUGUUACCCUCAAGUCCUCCAUUGAAGCAGCCUCUCUCUCCCUGUCUGGCUGGUUCGCAAGAAACCAGUGCCCAGUUAGACUCUGUCUCCUGUCGUUUCCUCCUUACCACAACAAGAACCAAAAUUAGUGAUUGUCGCCAACCUCAGAUCCUCCAAAGAUUUUGUUUCUUUUCGAGCUGAGAGGAGCUCACAGCGUACCGGUUGAGAGCAUAGUACGGCACUUCACCUCUGAUCUGUGAACUGUCCCUUACAGCUGCCAUUUUAGACUCCUCCGCCAGUUUGUCCUUCUCACUCGCCUCUCUCUCGCAUUUGAUUGGUUCAGCAUAAUCCCUCGACACCCACCUGAGGAAUUCCUUCUCUUCUUGUCCUGCAACUGUCCCACUUGCCUUCAUUUCAAUAAAAAUCAGAGCUUUCAAUUCUUGAGCUGUUGGUUGAUUGAAAAGAUUCGGUGGGUCUUGUGUUUUUCUGGGGAAGCUUGGAUCCAGCAAUCCAUCUAUUGAAGUCAACUUCCUGCUCUUUGGUCCCAGUGGAUGAGUUGACUUGAAGGAUUUUGAUUCGCUAAGAUGCAGCCUGAUCAGAGGAAAAAGUCAUCAGUAGAUGUUGAUUUCUUCACGGAAUACGGUGAGGGGAGCCGUUACAGAAUUGAGGAAGUCAUUGGCAAAGGGAGCUACGGAGUUGUCUGCUCUGCAUAUGAUACGCACUUGGGGGAGAAAGUUGCGAUAAAGAAAAUCAACGACAUCUUUGAGCAUGUCUCUGAUGCGACCCGAAUCCUCCGAGAGAUCAAGCUCCUUAGGCUCCUGCGCCACCCAGAUAUUGUAGAAAUUAAGCACAUCUUGUUGCCUCCUUCAAGGAGGGAAUUCAAGGAUAUUUAUGUCGUGUUUGAGCUUAUGGAAUCUGAUCUUCACCAAGUCAUCAAAGCUAAUGACGAUCUCACACCUGAGCAUUACCAGUUCUUCUUGUACCAGCUCCUGCGAGGCCUGAAGUACAUUCAUACAGCAAAUGUGUUUCAUCGGGAUCUGAAACCAAAGAACAUCUUAGCAAAUGCUGAUUGCAAGCUCAAGAUCUGUGACUUUGGUCUUGCAAGAGUAGCUUUCAACGACACUCCAACUGCCAUCUUUUGGACUGAUUAUGUUGCGACAAGGUGGUACAGGGCUCCUGAAUUAUGUGGUUCCUUUUUCUCAAAGUAUACACCAGCAAUUGAUAUUUGGAGCAUUGGGUGCAUCUUUGCGGAGCUUUUAACUGGGAAGCCUCUCUUCCCUGGGAAAAAUGUGGUUCAUCAAUUGGACUUGAUAACUGAUCUUCUGGGAACACCCUCUGCCGAAGCCAUUGCUAGAGUACGUAAUGAGAAAGCCCGUCGAUAUUUAAGCAGCAUGAGGAGGAAAAGGCCGAUAUCUUUCUUGCAAAAGUUCCCGAAUGCAGAUCCACUUGCGCUCCGCUUGUUGGAAAAGAUGUUAGCUUUUGAACCGAAGGAUCGUCCCACUGCGGAAGAGGCUCUCGCAGAUCCAUAUUUCAAGGGUUUGGCCAAGGUCGAGAGAGAACCUUCUGCUCAACCUGUUACAAAGAUGGAAUUCGAGUUUGAGAGACGGAGGAUAACAAAGGAGGAUGUGAGAGAGCUCAUAUACCGAGAAAUCCUUGAAUAUCACCCCAAGAUGUUGAAAGAGUUCCUAGAGGGAUCUGAGCCAACAAACUUUAUGUAUCCAAGUGCUGUAGAUCAUUUCAAGAAACAAUUUGCUUACCUAGAGGAGCACUAUGGGAAGGCAGGUGCUGCCCCUCCUCCCGAGAGACAACACGCUUCGCUACCUCGGCCGUGUGUUUUAUACUCGGAUCCCGUGCAAAAUUCAGUGGAAGUGGUGGAAGAUAUGUCCAAGUGUAGCAUCAAAGAAACAGAUAAGUCGCAUGUUGAGAGGAGUUGUGGGAUCCCUAUGACAAGGCUUCCACUUCAAGUCUCUCAGAGCACCCAAGGUGCAGCUGCUAGGCCUGGGAAAGUUGUUGGUUCUGUGCUUCGCUACAACAACUGCGGAGCAGCUGCAGCAGUUGCUGCUGAAGCUGUUGAACAGCGGAGAAUGGUGAGGAACCCAGCAGGUCCAGCGCAAUAUUCUUCUUCCACGUCGUAUCCUCGAAGGAACUCUGUCUCGGUUUGCAAGAACGAGAGAGGAGAAGAGGAAGCGCUCGAGGGUGUUCCCAAUGGGAUGCAGCCCAAGGCCCAGUACAUGCAGAGGAAAGUCGCUGCUGCUCAGGGAGGAUCAGGAAGCCACUGGUACUGACUCGGUAAGACUCCCAGCGAGCCCAUUCUCGGCUCAAAAGCCGGCAUUUUCCCAUUUAGCAGCGCAACAAACCAGAAAAAGAAGAUUGAAAUUCAUGAGCAACAGUUGUCAAACAAACAGUGAAGCUAUCAAGAAACAAAAUGAAGGAACCAUGUGGAACCCGAUAUGAUAGGGUUCGGGGAGUCAUGGAGGAAGUUGAAGGCAAAUUAAUUUAUAACAGUGUCUUUUUGUCAAUUUGACUGGGAGAAGUAGAUUUUAAAGUUCCGGGCCGUGACCUGGGUUUUAUUCAUUGAUGCUCACAUUAAUCUAUUGCUUUCUUGGAAUAAUGUCAUCUUCUGCUUCGUAUUGUUUGUUGUAAAUUUGAUGCCCGGGCAAAUAGAAGAAGUGCGAUCUAACUUUUAUUUUGUGGACUAUAAGCUCCAUGAGAUUUACAGAUCGAGAAGAUAGGUUUUAUGUAUUUUAGGAGGCUCUGAGACCCUCUACGAGGACUAUAUCAGAGGUUGGCCUCUUAGGAUUAAUUAUGAAGGUUUUUUUGUUUGUUUGUUCUAUUUGUAAAAUUGUAAGACUGGAAUGGAAAAAAGAAUGUAAUUUAACGUUCAUUACUCGUA